AUGCCGUCCAGAGAGGAGGUUGCAUAUUUUGGGGCGGGCCCAGCUCCUUUGCCGACUCCUGUGAUCGAAGCUGGCGGAAAGGCCUUUGUCAACUACAACAAUACCGGGCUGGGUCUUGCGGAGAUAUCUCAUCGCUCGCCCACAGCCAAUGCAGUGCUUGCCGAAGCCAAAUCCGCUCUGACCACAUUAUACGACAUCCCAGAGGGCUAUGAAAUUUUGUUUAUGCAGGCAGGCGGAAGUGGUGAGUUUAGCGCUGUCGUCCACAACCUAGUCAGCGUUUGGGUGGAGAGAAGAAGGAGAAAGGCAGAAAAAGCCCUCGGAAACGACGAAGACAAGCUCCUGGAGAGACUCAGGAAGGAGGUCACAGAGGAAUUAAAAGUUGACUAUCUUGUGACUGGUUCCUGGUCUCUGAAGGCUUCACAGGAAGCAGCACGGCUGAUCGGAACUAAAUAUGUCAAUGUUGCGCUUGAUGCACGGAAAGCAAACAACGGAAAGUUCGGAAGAAUCCCCGAGGAGGCAACGUGGUCAUUGACACCAACCAAGCGAGAAGGAGGCACGGGGUCGGCGUUUGUCUACCUGUGCGACAAUGAGACGGGAGUCGAAUUUCCAGCAUUCCCCAAAUGUCUCGAACCGCAAGGGGCCGACAACGAAGAAGACGAGCGAAUUGUCGUUGCUGAUAUGAGCUCGAACUUCCUCAGCAGGAAGGUUGACGUGAGCAAGUAUUCUGUCAUAUUUGGAGGGGCACAAAAAAAUGUAGGUGUGACGGGCAUUACAAUUGUUAUCAUCAAAAAGUCAUUGUUACCACCUCAAACUGCAACGCCUCCUCCAGCAUUACUUCACAAGCUUGAGAUUGGUGGGCUGCCCGGUACUAUUGUCCUUGAUUAUGCUACGAUCGCCAAAAACAACUCGUUGUACAACACGCUGCCGAUCUUCAAUCUCUGGAUUGCUAGUCAAGUUAUGGUGAACCUGGUCAACACUUUCGGAGAGCGAAAGGUUUCAGGGCAGGAGGAGAUUGCAAAUAAGAAGGCGGAACUCUUAUAUACGACCUUGGAGUCGCAUCCCCAGGUUUACCAAGUCGUACCAGACAAAUCUGUUAGGAGUCGUAUGAAUAUCUGUUUCCGUGUGCUUGGGGGCGAUGCUGAGAAGGAGAAAGAGUUCUUGGCGGGAGCAGAAACUUUGAACCUGACAGGACUGAAAGGACAUAGGUCUGUGGGAGGCAUUCGUGCCAGCAACUACAAUGCCGUGCCAUUGGACAAUGUAGAAAAGCUGGUCAGGUACCUUGAGGACUAUGCCACCAAAUGA